CGCGCGCCACGGGGACUGCUCAGAGGGCUUCUUCCGCGACAUGGUGUUUGAGUCGCUGCAGACAAAGGACGCGCACACUGCUGCUGCCCAUCAUGAAUCCGAGCCGGCCGAAGUCACGCGCCAGAAGGAGGCCAUGAUGGACCUGCUCCAGCAGAUCGAGCUGCAGUACAAGGAGGACGCGGCCGGGUUUGCCGAUCUGGCUGCAGAGAUGCAGAUGCAAGCGGACGACGACAACGCUUCCUCAUUCUCGUCGUCGACCGGAUCAAGCGCCGCUGCGAACGAGCCAGUAGACGACCUGGCAGAGCGCAUGGCUGACAUUGACCUCGAGGCGGCCUCGGCGGACGAGAUCUGGGAGCGCAUGUCGGUCAGCGAGCGCGCAGAGUUUGAGCGCGCAGUCGCGGAUGGACGCGUCGCCAACUUUGCUCCGUUCCAGCCGUGGCUGCCGUGGUGGAGUGGUCCAACAACGGGCAGCUCAAGUGCUACGCAUGAUGAGGGAGAGGGCGCCUCAAGCAGCAGCAGUGUACCGACGGGAGUGUCGAAAUCGUCGAGAGUGCUGAUCGAAGAGCUUUCCUCCAACGUGAAUUCGGACGGUUUGACAGCAACAGCAGAAGAGGGUGACGACAAAGAGCAAGGGGCAGACAGCCCAGACAGCCUGGACGAGCAACCCGUCGCGCCGACGCGUGCACCCACGCCAAAACCGCUGACAAACGUCCCUGCCUUGUCGACGUUGAUUGGGCCGGGCAAGCAGCCUGCGCAAGAGCUGUGCUUCCAUCUGGUUGAUCUCGUAUACGCGUACGCGUUUGCCAUGCGACUGCAUAACGGCGACACACAGGGGCUGGUUCUUCCCAUCGCUCAAGCCAUGCUGGCUGUUUCAGGCGUGCUUUCGGCAAACAGUGUUCAUCACUCCGUGGAUGCCGCAAUCGCUGUCUGCGUGGGCAACCUAGCGGCGUACCAGCGGCAGUCGGCGGGAUUGCAAGCCCCGCUCAAGGCAGAGUCUUCGGAAGACGCGUUUACUUCCUCGGCCGGUCUGGAAGCCAUGCAGGACACAUCCGUCAUUCUCAGCUCCUUGCCCCGAAUCCAGUCCGCCAUUGCAGACAUGCAUGCCAUUCUAACGAGCGCGUUUCCAAUCCCCCAGAAAACUACCGCAAAACCACAACAAGCCGCCACAGCUCCGACAGCCCAGUCCAAGCCGACCGCUCGUCAAAAAACCGUCAACGAUCUCGUUCAUCACCACUUCCAAACUCCAAAAUCCAACACAUCAUCAACUGCCACUGCUAGCAGCAGCCACCAUGCAAGAGACACCCCUCUAAAGAAACAAUCCACGCCUGCAGCAAGCAACAACGUGGCAGUUAAACCGCAGCAAACGAUUCGAAAAGUCUUCUUCUUUGCAUCCUGGGCCAACGAGGCGCUUUCCGACCUUGCUUGCCGUGUCCUUGCCGCCGCCGUGUCUGCCGAGCAUGCGGUGCGUUACAGGCAGGCCAAGCUAUACCGAGACGCCAAGGCGCAAGUCGACGAAGAGCGCGAGCGAGCCAAACGAGAGCAAGCUCGUGCGGCUGUUGUUCAGCGCAUGGCGCCUCGACCAAAGUUAAUCCAAGAGUUGUGAUUGUCGGCAUGGGAAGAAAUAAAGCGAAACAAGUGGUUUACAAUGUUUGCUGCAAUGACGACAAUUGAGAUCCACACCAUAAAAAU